GUGUAGAUCCCAGAGGACCAAUCACAGCUAGACAUCAGGUCAGUACUUAUCUGCACGCCGACAGGCCAGACACAGAUUUUUGGUGCCUCUUUUUUCUCUGGACUGUGUCCCAUCUGUGAUCCAAGCAUGACGAGCUACACGGAUAAAGGGGAGAAGCACACGAGGGGAAAGUUUGUGAGGUUUCAUCAUAUCACCUUCUGGGUCGGCAAUGCUAAACAGGCGGCCUCCUUCUACUGCAACAAGAUGGGCUUUGAGCCUCACGCCUACAAGGGCCUGGAGACCGGCAGCCGGGAGGUGGUGUCUCAUGUCAUCCGACAGGAUAAGAUUUUAUUUGCGUUUGAAUCGGCACUAAAUCCUGGAAACGAAGGGAUGGGAGAACACUUGAUGAAGCACGGAGAUGGAGCCAAAGACAUCGCUUUCCAGGUGGAGGACUGUGACUUCUUAAUCAAGACAGCGAAAGAGCGGGGGGCCGUCAUCGUCAGGGAGCCCUGGGUGGAGCAGGACGGCCUCGGGAGGGUCAAGUGUGCCGUGGUGCAGACGUACGGAGAUACGACGCACACACUCAUUGAAUACCUGGGACCCUACAAAGGCCCUUUCCUGCCCGGCUACAGAGAGCCUCUGUUUAGGGAUCCUCUCUUACCCACACUUCCACCAGGGGGUUUGAAUUUCAUCGAUCACAUUGUGGGAAACCAGCCAGACGACCAAAUGGUGCCAGUGUCGGACUGGUAUCAGAAGUGUCUGAUGUUCCACCGGUUCUGGUCCAUCGACGACAAGCAGAUACACACAGAGUACAGCUCGCUGAGGUCCAUAGUGAUGGCCAACUACGAGGAGACCAUCAAGAUGCCCAUCAAUGAACCUGCCACGGGGAAGAAGAAGUCACAAAUCCAGGAGUACGUGGACUACAACGGCGGAGCGGGUGUUCAGCACAUCGCCCUCAACACGUCGAACAUUAUCCAAGCUAUCGUGAACCUGCGAGCCCGAGGGAUGGAGUUCCUCUCCGCGCCUGACAAGUACUACGACACCCUGCGGGAGAACCUGAGAAAUGCCAAGAUCAAGGUGAAGGAGGACUUAGACCGUUUACAGGAAUUGAAAAUCUUAGUUGACUUCGACGACAAGGGCUACCUCCUGCAAAUCUUCUCCAAGCCCGUGCAGGACAGGCCGACCCUUUUCUUGGAGGUCAUUCAGCGGAACAACCACUUUGGCUUCGGGGCAGGGAACUUCAAGUCUCUCUUUGAGGCCAUUGAGAUGGACCAAGAGGCCCGGGGCAACCUCACGGUGCUGACGCCCGAGGGCCAGGCCCAACGCCUGUGCUGAGCCGCGCCCUGCCGCCCGCUGGGCCGCACUGAGACUGGCAUAUAUGGACGCACACUUUCAGAGGCGAUCAACCACGGCGGCAGCACAUCAAACACAUAUGCAGUGUUAAAUAUCAUAUGUUAUAUAUCAGAGAAGCUCUGAGCUGUCAGUAGAUUGCUGUAUGCCUAAAUAAAGAAAGUCGUGUUCA